AUGGUGCAACAGCGACAACAGGCUGCCUCUGCCUCUGGCUGCGGUUGCGGUAUGGGACUCUACUCUGGGGUACGGCAAGAGGCCAGGCGGGUAGACGAGGGGGAUUGGUGUGUGUAUAGAGGACAUAUCGGGUCGUGUGUGGGCCGAUGUUGUGCCGCGGACCCUGUAGGGACAUGCCCAACACGGCCUGUCGUGAGCCCGCAAAAGGCCUUCGCCUUCGCCUCUGCUGGAGCGGGGUACAGGCGAGUCGGUGAGCCAUGCACAUCUGCAUCCGCAUCCAUACCCAUACCCAUACCCUUGCUCAUGCCCAUGGCGACAACGGCCUCUUAUCGCACUGCACCAGAGACUCGACGAUUUCCACCGCCAUUCGUUCAUCCUAUCUUGUCCUGUCCUGUCCUGUCCUAUCCUGCCCUGCACUGCAAACCCGCAGCCGCAGAUGCCCUGCUGUGGGUCGCGCCGGCCGAGGUGUGCGGAUGCAGGAUUGGCCAUGUCGCUCCCCCUCUCAGAUGGCGAUUCCCACUCUGUUUACCAGAUCGCGUCGGAUUUGGCAUGGCCUCAACGCGUCCAACCACACGCCUAUUCGCUCACAUGCGACGGGCAAUGCCACACCCCACCCGCGCCCACACACACCCUCUUUGCUUGGGACGGCACAAAUUCCAACCCGCCCUCGCACGCUUCGUCUCUUAA